AUGGUGGAAGACUUCCCUAACCUGAACUCGUCGCCAGGUAGUCUGCAAGCGAAGGGAAUGGAACCCCCUCCCUCAGCCUGGUCAGGACGACGACUCUUUAGUGAUUCGAUCGCGGAUAAUGCUUGGUAUGUGGCUGAAUCGGAUUCGGAGGAUGUAGCUGAAGCUAUGAAGGAUGACGAACUCAAUGACGUGGUCCCUGAUGAUGAUGAUCCUGUGUGUCCCACAAUCCCAUUCAAAGCAAUGGAAAAGAUCCGAUACCGUUGGAAGUGA